AUGACAUCAACGUCCCCUAAUAACGCCGCUGCCACCGCUCUCCGCUCCCUCCUCGAUUUCGGCAACUCUCUCCUCUCCGAGCUCCUGCGUUUCCGCGCCAACCUACCGCGAGACUUCCUCCGUUCGAUCACUCUCCCUGCACCACCACCUCUAUCAACAUCGACUCAGCUCAAUCCCACGCAAAUCCCCUCGCCGUCUCCCGAUCUCCCCUUCCCCCUAUGGGACUUCGAGUACCUGCGCGCGCCGGAUGACCGCGAGCGCGAGCUGCGCGAUCGCCAGGACGAGUGGAGCGCGGAGCGCGCGUGGUGGACGGCGCACGGCGAGCAGCUGGUGGGAUUCGUGCUGCUGCUGGCGGCUGUGCUGAAGCUGUACCGCGCGCUCAGGCAGACGAUCGAAGGGCUGCGGCGUGGCUUGUUCCUGGGGAGCUCGCUGGAAGGCGUGGUGGGUGGAGAUGAGGGGGACGAGAUGCAGUCGCUGCUGCUGCAGGUGCUCCACACUCACGCACUUCUGCUUCUCCUCCUCCACCAUCUCUUUCCUAACCAAUCACGUGAGCGCCUACUCAUCGCUGCGUACCGCCACUGGUGCCGAACCUCCGGGCCAGGCUCGGGGGAGGCCCUGGGUGAGAUCUUGACUCGCGACUUCGACGACCUAUGCCAGAUGUGCCGAACCACAGGAGCAGGGUCGGGGGAACCGGAGGCUUAUAAGGGGACUGCAGGAGGCAAGAAGCUGGGGAGCAAAGCGCAUGAUGGCAGCAGCAGUGCCAGCAGUGAUACCGACGUCUUUCUGUGGUCUCCAUUCCCAAGAGAGUGUUUUGACAUCGAAAAGCUGGGCCUUGUUUCAGGCUUGGACUCUGGUUGGGACGUAGCUCUGGGAUCAGGAUUGGGGUCAGAGGGUUCUGGUCUGGGCAUUGGAGGGGCGGAGACUGCUGCGUUUCUGUCACUGCCGUGUGUGAUAGCGCCCACGGAUACCCACAGCCUGGAGCAGCUCUUCUCCCGCUUUGCUCCCCCGCCUGACGUCACAUGGAUGGCCAUCCAGUCUUUGCUCAGGAAACAAGCUGCUGCCAUCGACUCCUCGCCUGCCUCGUCCUCCACUUUCAAUCUAGCCCCUUCGGUUGUCUCGUCCUCCCACUCGUCCUCUGUGCAUGCAUCCACGUUCUCCUCCUUCCCUCCAACGCAAGCCCCCUCACAGGCAGGAGCAGCAGGAGCAGCAGCAGCGCAUACACCCCACGACCCUCUCUCCGCAGUGGCAGCAGUGACAGCCUCUCUCCCCUCCACGUCGUCGCUCAUCCUGCUGCUCUUCUUCCACCCCUCCUCGCUCUGCGCCGACCUGCCCUUCAUGCACGAGCUCGUCCGCCGCAGGCUGCUCGCCCUGCCCCCCUCCUCCCCCUCGUCCUCCUCUGCGCCGCCUGCUGCUGCUGCUGCCACUGCUGGUGGCGGCUGGAGCCUCUGGAAGCAACGGGCGCCGCCGCAGCAGCAGCAGGGAGGAAGCAGAGGCGACGAUGGUGGAGGAGGAGGGGCAGGUGGCGCAGGUGUGGUAGCAGCAGUAGGAGCUGGAAGAAGUGUUGAUGACCCAGCUGCAGGAGGAGCAGGAGCAGGAGCAGCAGCAGGGGCAGCAGCAGUGGGCGGGUUGACAUGGGUGGUGCCCAUAUUCCUCGGCUUCUCCCUGGAUCUCUCCAUAGCCUGGCAGCACUUCCCUGCCGCCCGCUCAGCUCUCACCCUGCACCUCUCGCCAACCUCUAUCCUGCACGUGGCUCAAGUGCUGGUGCAGGUGCUGCCAGGGGUGCAGCAGGCUGUGGGCAGGGCCAUGGGUCGGCUGAAGCAGCAGGGGGCGUCGGGGUGGGAGGAGGAGCUGUGGGGUGGCAAGCAUGUGGGCGGUGGGGUCGCUCGUGUGCUACGCAGUGCACGGGAGAUCCUCUCCCUCAUCCGCCACACAGCCGCACUCCUCAGGUGGCUGCUGCAGCAUCGCGCCUCUCUCACGCUGCACCUUUCCCUGCCUAUCAUCCUCACCACCCACCGUCUUGCCCGCUCAGCCCAGCUCCACGCACAAUCCUGUGCUCGCGUUGCUGCUGCUGCUGGCCUGUCAUCCCCCGGCUGGUCGGAGGCAAGCCAGGUGGCUGCUGAAGUAGCUGCGGGCUUCCUGUUGCCGGAAGUAACAGAGGCCGCCACGUGUCUCUCCGCUAUCAUUGCUCGCAGAGAGGACAGCUGGCACUGCCUGAGGCAGGCGGCGUGCGCACGGCUGGACGGCCUGGCUCGGCUGUUUGUGGGCGGGCAGGGUGUGGAGGGAGGGGAAAGAGGCGCAGCGGAUGGUGCAGACAGAGGGGGAGUUGAGACUGGGAGCAGAGGAGGGGAUAGGCGAGGGGUGGGAGAUGGGGGGGAGGGGAUGGCGGGUAUGGGGUGGAAGGAUGGGGCGGAUGGGAGCAUUGGGGAGUGGUUUCAGCGACUGUCAUGGCAGGUGUCGCACUGGCAGCACCCAGACGCGCCCUCAACGCCCGCCAGCCUGCAGCAGCUCUCCCUCGCCCUCGCAGACGCUGCCUCCCUGCACCACAUUCAGUCGCACCCGCUCGCCGGCCAAUCCCUGCACGCCACCUGUCGCCUGCUCCAGGACAUGGCUCUAGUGCAGGCCAUUCGUUCUGACCACCUUGCAGCGCUCUCUGCUGCUGCCGAGCCUGGGUUCCUCUGGGCGCUGCUGCCAAGCCUGCUGCCGUGGCUGCAGGCUCGGGUGAGGCUGCAGCCGGAGUGUCUGGGGCAGGUGGGGUGCUUGCUGGUGUUGAUGCGGUCAGGAGUUGCUGGAGCAAGCGUUGGUACUGCUGGCUCCAGCAGUGCGGACUCUGGUGGCACAGGUAAGCAUGUUCAUGCUCGGGCCUCUGCUGCCUCCGCUGGUGCUGGUGGUGUUGGCGGUGGUGGUGAGUUCAGGGCACGAGCUGGAAGAACAAUAGCAGCUGGAGCAGCAACAGACGUUGCAGGCACCGCAGCAGCAGCAGGAGCAGGAGCAGGAGGGAGGGGGGAGUAUCUGGAGAGGCAUCUGCGGUGUGUGUCACGAGCAGUAAUAGCGGUGGUGCCGGCCAGUGUGCUCAACCUCAUGCACGCAUGCACGCUCGCCCUCCUCCCACCGCCCUCCCAUGCCCUCGCCACCCACUCCCUCAACACAGACAGCACAGCAGGAGAGGGGGUAGCGAGCACGCAGGGCAGGCAAGGGGGGCUGGGUGAGGUGGCAGAGGGGCAGGGUGGUGAGAGCAAGGCACAGGUUGCUGCGCGGGUGCAUGGGCAGGCUGUGUUCCGGCAGGCCAUGGGUCGAGCACGGGCUGCUGUGGCGGGAUUCUCUGCGGGCGUGGCUGCGUUUGAGGCCAAGGGGCUGCCGUUCAUAGGGAGGGAGGGAGGCGCUAGACGGAGUGUCACUGCUGCUCCAGCAGCCGCCGCCGCCGUUGCUGCUGCUCAUGCUGGCACUGCUGGCAUGGCUGAUGGUGCAACUGCCGUUGUUGCCAGUACCUCUAGUGGCUCUGCUCCCUCUAACCGUCCUCCUGAUUCCACCACUGCAGUUGGCACUUCUCGUAAUUCCAGUAGCACUGGUGCGAGUAGCACUGGUGGCAUGAAGAGCAGGGACGAGUGGGCAGCGGGAGCAUGCCAUGCCGUGGUGGUGGCACUGCGACUCAUGCUCAGGCGCCAUGCAGCCUCUAUUCUGCACACCGGCUUCUCUGAGGCGCUUAAAGCCCUGCACGGCGCAGGGCUGAGGCAGCGGGGGGGGGAGGGAAAGGCGGAUGGGGGCAAGGGCAGUGGCUGGGCGGGGCUGUGGUCCUGGGGGGGGAAAGGAGGGGGUGUGGAUGGGGAGGGGGGUGAGGGGAAAGGGGCGGAGGAGGAGGGGGGAGGUGGUGGGGAGAGGAGGAGAAGGGAGGGGUUUGAGAGGCGGGUGGCGCAGAUGGAGAGGGAGCUGGGUGCGUGGGAGUACUGCACGUGCCUGUUUGAAGAUGUGCUUGUAACAAGCACCAGCGGGAGUGAAAGGUGGAGUGGGAGUAGGUUAGCGGCUGCAAGGGUGGGUGGAGGUAGAGGAGGAGAUAGUGGUGGGGGUUCGGAAUCAGUUUUCUCUCCCUCGUCUCCCUCUCUCCUCUGGCACACUGCCGUGCAGCCCCUGCUGCUGCAGGCCCUGCAGCAAGCGCGUGGGGAGACAGAGAGAAAAGGAACAAGCGGUUACAGGUCACACCCUUCCACCUCUGCCAAUGGCGGAACCUUCUUGGAAGCUGCGUUGUCAUCGCUGUUGGUCCUCUCGCACCCCUCCCACGCCAUGUUCCUCCCGCCCCUGGCUGCAUGGUUCCUCCCCUCGGGCCUGCCCUCCCUCUCCCUCCCCCUCAUCCUCCGCCUCGCCUCUUGCCUCUCUGCCACUGGCCGCAUUCCCAGCACCCCUCCCAGCAACCCUCCUGCUGCUGCCACUGGCACCACCCAUACAGCCUCUGCUCCUUCACAUGCAGCCUUAGCGGGCGGCGUUGCCAGUCUGACCGGGGAAGGUGCAGCAGGAGCAGGGGAAGAGGGGCCAGGCGUUGCGCGAACAGCAGAGGGGCUUGUGGCUCUGGACUGGGCGCUGAGGAGAGCAGAGGAGGAGCGAUUGAGGCGGGCGGUGCAGGUGGUGAGUGCUAUGGAGAAGGAGAGGAGGCGGGUGUUGCUUUGGCUGGUCGAAGAGCUGAGGGAGGGGGGGGUGCAGCGGUGUGAGCAGGGAGAGGAAGUGGGUGGGGGAGAGCAGCGGCAUGUGCGAAAAGCUAAGGUGGCAGGAUCAGGAGGGGGAGGAGGUCGGGGUGAGGCAGAGGUAGCAGCGUCAGUGGGAAGGGCAGCUAAGUCAGCGGUUUCUAUGGGGCGGCAUGUGUUGGCAGCGUAUGGGCGAGCAGAGCAUGGGAUUGCCCAACCAAUGGCCCAGGGAGAGGCGUGUGACGCAGGGGUAGGAGGGCACGGAAGCAUUAGCACAGCAGGCAGGGGCAGGGUGGGAGGCGCAGGAAAGGAUGGUGCAUUGAAGGCGGGGGCAGCAGCAGGCGAACCUGGGGCCGGUGCAGGCAGGGUGGCUGCAACUGCUCCCUCCUCGGCAAAAAGAGGGCCUGGCGAGAACAUGGGAGAUUUUGCCGGGACGGUGACAGGUGUCGUGAGGGCACUGGCGGAGGCGGGUCAGGUGCGGCUCGUGCGAGGGCUGGUGCGCAUGGCUGCAUGCGCUGCCACAGGGUGUGAAACCCCUGCUGCUGCCCGGUCCGUGGAGUGCCUGCUGGCCUCCCUGCACCCACACGGUGUUGCUCCUGCUCACACUGCUGCCGCUGCUACUGCGGUUACCAGCAGUCUCUCGCCUGACACUGCUGCUGCCAGUACCAGCACGACCAGCACCAGCAGUUGCAGCAACGACUGUGUUCUGACAGUGCAGCUGCUCGUCCUCGUUUCCCUCUCCCACCUCCGCCUCCUCCUGCUCGACCCCUCCCUCGCUUGCCUCUCCCGCCGCACACGCAGUGCCAAUGCAUUUGAUGCGAGCUGUCUGGCGGCCGGCAUAUGCUGUCUUUUGUCAACACUGCCGAAUCCUAGAGAGAAGAUUGUGCUGUAUGAGGGAUGCAUGGAGGAUUAUGGGAAUGCUGAGGUGGCGGUAGGUGGGCUUGGGAGUGGUUUGGAGGAGAGCGAGGUGCAUUGGGUCCUCUCAGGUCUCUCCUUCAGCUCUGCCGUCAGAGGCACCGAGCUCGCCACCCGCAGCCUCCCCGCCGUUCCCCAACUAGCAGCUCCCCGCGGCCUAGGCGUCACCGCGCUCUUCAGCUCACGGAAAGCCGCCGUCCCCGCUAAGAGCAUCCCCGCAACGAAUCUGCGCACAGAGGACGGCAUCUUCGGGACGUCGGGCGGGUUCGGGUUCACCAAGGCGAACGAGCUGUUCGUGGGGCGCGUGGCCAUGCUGGGCUUCGCGGCGUCGCUGCUGGGCGAGGCGAUCACGGGCGCAGGCAUUCUGUCGCAGCUCAACAUCGAGACGGGCAUCCCUAUCACGGAGACCGAGCCGCUGCUGCUCUUCUUUAUCGCCUUCACCGUGCUCGGCGCCAUCGGUGGGCUGGGCGACCGCGGGCGAUUCGUGGACGACGAGCCGGCGGGGCCGCCUGUGAAGCCCGGCAGCAUCAAGGCGGCGCUGGGGCUGAGCGAGGACGGGCCGCUGUUCGGAUUCACCAAGGCGAACGAGCUGUUCGUGGGGCGGCUGGCGCAAUUAGGGUUUGCGGCGAGCCUGAUCGGCGAGGUGAUCACGGGCAGGGGCGCGCUGGCGCAGCUCAACAUCGAGAUCGGCGUGCCCGUGUGGGAGCUCGAGCCGCUGCUGCUUGCCAGCAUCGCCUUCUUUUUCGUCGCCGCCAUCAACCCCGGUACAGGGAAAUUCAUUAACGACGACGAGUGA